AUGGCUGAAAACUCGCUCGAAGCUAUUCCUAAUUACUUGGAGCAAUCACUUUCUCCUCAAUUUGCCAAGCAAGCUGAAGCCCAAUUAAAGUCUAUCGAGGGUCAGAAUGGAUUCUCUAUCAAUUUGCUUCAUGUGAUCUCCUCGACCAACUUACCAGUUUCGGUAAGACUUGCAGGUGCCUUAUUUUUCAAGAACCUUAUCAAAAGAAAAUGGACUAACGAUGACGGCGAUUAUUUGUUACCCUUAGAAGAUGUUGAAAAAAUUAAGGGCGAGAUCUUGGAUGUGAUGAUUAAAUUACCCAAUCAAUUGCAAAUUCAAAUAGGUGAGGCAAUCACAUUAAUAGCUGAGAGUGAUUUCCCUCAUAGAUGGACUAAUUUAAUUGAGACCUUGGUAGCUAAAUUAUCCUUAGAUGAUUUUGUCAGCAACAAAGCCAUCUUAUUGGUUUCACAUUCCAUUUUCAAGAAAUGGAGACCGUUGUUCAGAUCAGAUGAGCUUUUUCUUGAGAUUAAAAUGGUUUUAGACCAGUUUGUUGAACCAUUUAUGAAGCUUUUUGUUGAGCUUGACCAAUUGAUUGAGAAAAACAGCGACAACCAAGCACUUUUAAACAUUUAUUUUGAGAACUUGUUACUUCUUAUCCAAAUUUAUUAUGAUUUCAAUUGUCAGGAUAUUCCAGAGUUUUUCGAAGACAACAUGGUGGUAUUGAUGAAUAUUGUACACAAGUAUCUUAUCUAUACCGAUAAGGGAUCUGACGACGAUGAGGAAAUCACCGUACCCAUUAAAUUAAAAACAUCAAUUAUUGAACUUGUUUCACUUUAUAUUACCAGAUAUGCUGAUGUUUUCGAACCAUUGAUCCAAAAUUUCAUAACUUCAGUAUGGUCUCUUAUUACUGACUAUGUCACCAGUCAACCUAAGUUUGAUUUAUUGGUGGUCAAAGCAUUACAAUUCUUGACAUCAAUUGUCAAAGUUCAGACAUACCAUUCAUUAUUCAAUAACGAAAGCUCAAUUAAUGAGAUCAUCGAAAAAAUCAUUUUACCAAACAUUUAUUUUAGAGAGGUUGAUGAAGAAUUGUUUGAAGAUGAACCAAUUAAUUUUGUUAGAUUGGACUUAGAAGGUUCAGAUUUCGAUUCUAGGAGAAAGUCUGCAACUGAUUUCCUUAAGGAGUUAAAGGAAAUCAACAGUGAGUUGUUGACUAACUCAGUCAUGAAGUAUGUUAACAAGUUCUUAUCAAUUUCCGGUGAUAAUUGGAAAAACAAGGAUACUGCAAUCUAUCUAUUCAGCUCUUUGGCAACUAAAGGUAACAUUACUUCUCAAGGUGUUACUUCAACUAAUGUUUUGGUCGAUGUUGUUCAAUUUUUCAGUGAGAACAUUGCACAAGAUUUGCUCAAUGAAUCGAGCCAUCCGAUUCUCAAGGUUGAUUCGAUCAAGUACAUUUUGAACUUCAGAAAUCAACUCACUAAAGACCAAUUGCUAGCAACAAUUCCAUUGCUUGUUAAGCACUUGAGCACAGGCGCAAAUCCCGUGGUUUAUACCUACUCGGCAAUUACGAUUGAAAAGUUAUUGGAAAUGACAAAUUUCAACGAUAACCACCAAUUGAUCUUCACAAAACAAGAUAUUAAACCUUUCUCCACGGAAAUUUUAACAAAUCUCUUUAACCUCAUUCUCUUGAAUGAUCAAUCGCCAGAGAAGUUGUCUGAGAAUGAAUUCUUGAUGAAAGGCGUUGUCAGAAUCUUAAACACCAUAGAAAACGACUUGCAAGAAAGAUUACCUAUUAUCAAGCAAUUAUUGAGAAUUUUGAAGAUUACUGCAAAGAAUCCCGCAAACCCCAAAUUUUCCCAUUACACCUUUGAAGCGAUUGGUUUGUUGAUCAAAUUUGGACUCAAUGAACUUGAUGCGUUCAUUGAAUUGGUCAUCCCGGCUUUGUUGGAUAUUUUGGGUGAGGAUGUCCAAGAGUUUGUUCCAUAUACUUUUCAGGUGUUAGCCUACUUGUUGGAAAAUUAUCCUAAGGGAUCGGGAUUGCCACCAGCCUAUCAUAAUUUAAUCAAACCAUUACUUUCCCCAUCAGUGUGGGAAUUUAAAGGAAAUAUUCCGGGUAUCACCAGAUUGUUGGUUAGUAUCGUUGAACAUGACCCCAGCGUAUUUACCUCCAAUUUGACUCCAUUGCUUGGUGUAUUCCAAAAGUUAAUUUCUUCCAGAAUUAAUGAUGGAUAUGGUUUUGAUUUAUUGUUGAGCAUUCUUUUAAACAUCCCAUUGAACAGCUUGACCAAUUACUUGAGAGACAUCGCCACUUUAAUUUUGACUCGUCUCAAGACAUCCAGAACCGAUAAAUUUCUUAAGAGGUUUGUGGUGUUUAUUAGUACAUUAAAUUCUUUGAGUUUGAACCAAGAGAAUGCACAGUACACAAAUGGAUCUAUACUUGAUGGUGAUUUUGUCAUCGGGCUCAUAGACUCUGUCCAGGCUGGGGUGUUCCAACAAUUGUUUACCAACUUGAUUUUGCCUACUUUGCAGGGAUUCAUCAACUUACAAGAUAAAAAGAUCGGAAAUUUGGGAAUAUCACAGUUUUUGGGAUCUCAAGGUUUUAAUGGCAACUAUUCUUCUUUGUUAGUGCCAACUAUACUGCAGUUAGUUAAAAAUUUGAAUGGUUAUGAUGGUAUCAUUAAAUCUGUUUCUUUAAGCAGCAAUAACUCGGGAGCUUUAAACGAGUUGGAUUUGGAAACCUCAUCUUUCGGCUCAAACUUCUCCAAGAUUGUUUCCAUUCAGAACAAGCCAUUUGAUCCUUUGAGCAACGUCAAGAACACCGAUUACGUUGGUAUUAAGAGCGUCAUUCUACAAAAUGUUAAAAAGGUUGACGUAAGGGUAUUAAACGAAUUGGGAGAAGAUGUGCAGAUGGGGUUAAAGAAUUUAGGUUUAGCAUAA